CACGCGCAAGACGUCUGACUUUUUACCUGUUCUAGAAAGUUGGUUAUAUUUUGUUGCUCUGAAAUUAACAAUAUACACAAUGGCUCACUCUACGCAACGCGGGGCUCUUAUCGUCGUUGAAGGCUUGGAUCGCGCCGGCAAAUCGAGCCAGUGCGAAUGUCUACGCGACGCGCUACAGAAGCAGGGCCAUUCGGUCAAGUACAUUCGAUUUCCAGAUCGAACGACGUCCAUCGGAAAACUGAUCAACUCCUACCUCCGCGGCGAAUCGCAGCUAGACGACCACUCAAUCCACCUCCUCUUCUCUGCCAACCGCUGGGAAAUCGCAAGCGCUAUUGAUGAAGAUAUAAACAAUGGUAUCACGCUUAUCGUGGACCGCUACUCGUAUUCCGGUGUUGUCUACACAGCUGCGAAAGCAAACCCCAACUUAUCCCUCGAAUGGGCAUGGCAACCGGAAAUCGGAUUACCACGACCGGAUCUCUGUCUCUUCCUUCGGAUCUCACCAGAAGAAGCUGCGAAGCGCGGGGGCUUUGGGGCGGAGCGUUACGAGAACGAGCCGAUGCAGAAACGCGUGCGUGGGUUGUUCCAGGAUCUUUUUGAUCGACAACGGAACGAGGAUAUUCAUAUCAUUGAUGCGGGGAGGACCUUUGAUGAGGUAUCUCGGGAUAUCUCGAAGAUUGCGACAGACUCUAUUGCACGUGUGGACGCUAUCGGACCCUUGAGAAAACUUGGACCGAUUUCUCUCUGACUCGGUGGAUCAAUCGUCCUCGCUAUCCUCGAUCACUAUCUCCAAUCGCGGGGAAGCUGGUUUUGAUCGUGCGUUGGGGAGUUCUGUAUCAGACUCUGAUCCAGAGGCUGGUUCCUCUAUCCAAUUCUCGUCAAGGGCAUCAUCGCCGGUCGAGUCAUCAGAGCUUUCCCGGUCCGUUGUAGCGGAACCCGGAACAGCUUUUACACCUGUCUUCCUGCUUUGGUUAUCGCUCCUCUUCUUCUUCCUUAAAAUAGUACGUAGUUCCUUGUUACCGCGACGGCGAAGCGUCAACUCUUGCAUGAUCACUGGCCAUUUGAUUGUCGUCUUGCAUGUAGGACAUGUGCCAUGCAUUGGAACGAACCGGUCUGGCUCGCCGGCCGCAGCUAGGAAACUUGCAGAUAGACAAGACAUGUGGCUUAUGCAAUGACAAUCAGUCUGCGGGCAGACAACCACCAGCUCUUCCUUGGGAAUCACCCGUCUC